GUAGACAUCUCCAACUUUACCUUCAUCUCUGCUCAUAUAUACAUGUGUGUGUGUGUAUAUAUAUAUAUGUAGUCCUGGUCCUGCAUACAGCUUCAUCAACCCCCAUCAAGAAUCAAUAGAAUCACUGCCUAUUUCCCUCACAAACACACACAGAAGACAUAUUUCUGAGCAAAAUGUUCAGCUCCUUGCGCUCUUUGGUCAAUGGAAAGGUGCCAUUCGACUCUAGGAAAACAAACAAGGUUGUGAUAUAUAGAGAUGAGUUGGAUACUAAGAAGCCAUCACAAAGCAAGCCAAAGAAAAAGGUAAGCUUUGAAACAAAACCAUUGGUUCAAAACCAAGUGGCAGGCGAAAAGAAUUUCGAUAUGAAGAACACCACUUUUGCUGCCGAUAAUGAGAAUAAAGCAGGUCUCAAGUUGAAGAUACUGAUGACCAAGGAAGAAGCUGCUCGGCUGCUUUCCAAAUGCAAAGAAGGAGGCGUUCUCGAAUACAAGGACGUGGCUAGUGAGCUCGUGCAAAUUCCAGUUAAUCGUGUUAGCUUGGUUUCUUCUGCUGCCAAUAAAUCAAGUCCUUGCUUACUUAAGAAGAGUACUGUUGAUAAAGAAGAGUAGAGCCACCAGCUAGCCUUGUCCUGUUGGUCAUGAUGACUCGUGAGGUUCUUGGAUACUCAAGUGAAGAGUUUUGAGCUCAGUAAUGGCUGCAUAAGUAAUACUGCAAUAGUAGUACGUUUUUUUUUUUUAUAAUUUCCCCUUUUUAAAGUAGUACUAGAAGUAUGUAAAAAGAGGCAGUUUUUGGUAAUAUAGGCUAUAGAAAUUAGUCUGAUUUCUUUGUUAGUUUAGGAAUCUGUAAAUAAAACUUCAUUUAGUCUACACGUUUCCUAUGAUUAUCAUA